CCGGUCGGCCCUUUUCUCAGCGGCGAGGCGGCGGACGCGAACGGUGCCAAGAUGCAGAUCUUCGUGAAGACGCUGACGGGCAAAACCAUCACCCUGGAGGUGGAGCCCAACGACACCAUCGAGAACGUCAAGGCCAAGAUCCAGGACAAGGAAGGGAUCCCCCCCGACCAGCAGCGGCUGAUCUUCGCGGGCAAGCAGCUGGAGGAUGGCCGCACCCUCGCAGACUACAACAUCCAGAAAGAGUCCACCCUGCACCUGGUGCUGCGCCUGCGGGGGGGCAUCAUCGAGCCCUCCCUCCGCCAGCUCGCCCAGAAGUACAACUGCGACAAAAUGAUCUGCCGCAAGUGCUACGCCCGCCUGCACCCCCGUGCCGUCAACUGCCGCAAGAAGAAGUGCGGUCACACCAACAACCUCCGCCCCAAGAAGAAGGUCAAGUAGAGCGGGCAGUGACGGCCCUGCCUGCGCCCCCCCCGCGCUGUCCAAUAAAGCAUCGCAGCGCUCAAACCCGC